UAGCAAGUCAUAAUCCCCAGCCACAAACUCCGUGCUCAACCAUAAUUCCCCUGUUUUUUUCCCAAGUCAAGAAUAGCUCCCAUCCCAUUCAAACCUUUGAUCACUCUUCCCUAUAAAUAGGAUUCAAUUCACAAAAUUAUUUCAUUUGAUUCACAAAACAAGAAAAAAAAAUGUCACAAGUCCAAUUCAAUUUCGACUCAUUGAACGAAUUCCACGACUCAGUAAACGAGUUACUGAGUCUGCCGGACAUGAAGCUGGCCGUGAGCGACCGGCGGCAGGAGAAGCUGGCCGACGACGUCUCGGAGGCGUCGCUGAAAAUGGCGGACUCGUGCGCUGCCGCGAAGGACCUCAUCCUCCUCGCGAAAGACCACCUGCAAAGCCUGCAGGCGGCCUUCCGCCGCAUCGCCAGCGCCGCCGACCACGCCGCCGGCAGCAUCGCCACCCACCGCCUCCCGCGGAAACAUUUGAAGAAAGCGAUACUGAAAAGGCUCGAUUCCCUCAAGGGAAUGGAGCGCGGUACCUUCUCCUCCUCAGCCUCGGCCGCGGCCGAGGAGGAAAAGGAGAAUCAGCAGAGCCUGACUGCAGUAGUCAGGCUCUUGGCAGAAGUGAGGGCGACGACGACGGCGAUGGUGCGGUCGCUGAUGACGCUGAUAGCGAUCCCGCAUCCGGGUCGGAAGGCAGAGUCGGGUCGGAGGGACCCAAUAUUCCGGAUCAAGCUGACCCGGGUGGACAGUUUAAGCGUGUGGGAGAAGGGUGACGUGUCGGAUGUCCGUACGAUGAUGAAGAGGCUGGAGGAGGUGGAGGUGGUGGUGGAUGACAUGGCGGCUGAGCUGGACGACAUGUUUAGAAGGCUGAUUAGGACGAGAGCAUCGCUUCUAAACAUAAUCACCGCUUAAUUGAUUGAUUAAUUGGGGCUAAUAAUGACCAUCCAACUUAGGGCUUGGCUAUCGCUUAAUUUAGAUAUCCACUUAGAAAUUGGAUUUAACGAUGAUACUAUAGUAUUAUCAUCCUAUAUUUUUUUAAUCAAAUUUUAUUUAUUCUUUGAUUCUUGAUUACGUGAUGGGUUAGUGUAUAUUGUGGUCAAUCAACAUCCGGUGUUUUUCAGUAAAUUUACGAUGUUGUUAGUCAAGGGAAUUUAUGGUCAGAAUUAUUUUUAUUGGAUUUAUUUACGAACACUAA